GCCAUCAUUGAUCAGACACCGUCUACUGGCGCAUUAUAUCUCACUCCGGAAUCUUUAUCAUUUACCGUCUACUCUUCUGGAGAUGUUGGGUGCCUCAGCGUCUACAUAAAGACGAAAGAAUCGGGCAACGAUGUUGGAAAUAUCACUCGUGCUUUCCGGCUCCCAAAUGCCAGUGGCAAGAAUACUUAUCCCAUCCCACAAGGUUAUGACGCCAGCAUCAUCAUUCGACACGAGCUUUUCGAGUCGUGCCUGAAACAGGCCCUUGAAAGCACUCCUUAUUUUUGGUUGCAGAAAGCAUUCAGUGACGUAGCCACACAACCCACUAAUUCAGGGUUCAAAUUAUUGUUGACGCUUAACGAUGCCGACCUGAUACUUCCGGACCCUUCAGACCCAUUCUUUCAAAUCAAGUCUCGCGACUGGUCUUUAUCCAAAACUCCAGCGACACUGGUUAUCACGCCGGAUGGGUCCAGUCAAUGGUCCAUGACGUCUAAGGGUCACAUCGUGUUUUCCAACGGCUUCCCCGAUCCAUACACAGUAAAAUGCACUUGCACCUUGACUCUCGACCAGAAGACGCGUAUCAUGCAAGUUGAUCAACACACUAUCAAUGCUAGUUUGGGUGUCACAGCGUCUUCCUGGCACAAAAACAAUGAUGCCAAUCUUGGGGUAGUCACAGAGUGGUUGGAACAAUGGGCUUCUAUGGCUUUUAGCCAUGACCUCCAAGUCGAUUUCUUUGCCACGACAAACAUAUUCGCCCCUGGUAAACAGGUUAUCAAUAUCGACACGAAGAGAGGACUACUUGCACCUUAUGAUGUACUUCUUAUGGGUGACGUCAAAGACAAUGCCAGUCUCUCCGAGGUAUAACUAGUAGACAACAUGAUUUCGUAGUAUGGGCGACAACGGGGACGGGGGAUGGCUAUAGACACGUAUAAAGAUACUCGAUGAGCAUGAAUGUUAAAGUUAUGCGCCUGAUGACCCAAGAGGGUCUGAGAUGAUGUUUGUAUGCCAUCUUCUACGACGUGUUCUGAAUC